CUUCUCUCGCCUCCAUUAAAGAGUCCAGCCAUCGCUUCUCUCAACUAGCUCUUGGGCUUCAACCGGCAGCCGAUCGAUCAGGGCAGCGGUCUUCCAGAGCUACCAUGGGCAGCGGAGACCAAGAUAAGAGGGUCGGCGAGACGACGAACAUCCACGUGACGGCCCUGGACGGGCUGGUGAGCGUGAACUCCCUCUUCACCAUUGCCGUAUUUCUGGGGCUUUCUCUGGCCAACCCCGGCCAGAAGAGCCUCAAUAGAAGGGCCGGCUGCGACGCCAGCGCGGAGGCCGCCCGCCAGCUAGUGCUGUGGGAGGUGUUGUCUUUCAGCGCCUUCCUCUUCUCGAGCCUCAUUGCGCAGGGGCUGAAGCUCUCUCUCGUCAUCAUCAACAGCGACGAUCGGGACGAGCCUCGUCACGCCGCCAUCGGCUACCGCCUUCUGAGGGCGGGCUUGGUGCUGUCGGCCGCCGGCUCCUUCUUGGGGUGCGCCACCCUCACCAUUUCCAUGGUGCUGUUGGUGGAGAUCAAGCUGGGGGUGCUGUCCUGCCGGGGCUGGCACUCUCUAGUCGCCAUCGCGGCGCUCGUCACCCUCGUUCCCAUUGGGGCGCUCGCCUACAUCUCCACCUUCUGGCACGCGUUCUUUGGCUCUAAACAAGGUGAUGCCAAGUCCGCUAACCCCUUGUCGAACAGUUAACGCCUCCUGGAGUACGGGAGAAGAAACCGCGGACUUCUCUCUGCAACAAUCUAGACUGCGCCACUUACCUUUCUCGAGAAGAACGAAUCAACAACUAUUUAGCUCAUAAUCGUUUCUGUUCAAAUGAUGUUCUCCAAAACAUGUAGCUGAAGUUGAACAUUGUGUUUAAGAUCAAACUAAGGUGCUCUUCUGUUA